AUGCCAGGCCUUAGUCCCAGCAUAGCUAUUCAUCAUUUGGGGAUCAAAAAGGGAACACAUCCUAUAAAGCAGUCACAACGAGUGUUUCAUCCGGAGUUGGUCACACAUAUUGAAGCGGAGGUCAACAAGCUCAUCGAAGCUGGGUUAAUUCAAGAAGAUAAAUACCCUUUGUGGAUCUCAAAUAUUGUGCCUGUUAAGAAGAAGAAUGGUCAAAUACGUGUAUGUGUUGAUUUUCGAGAUUUGAACAAGGCGCAUCCAAAAGAUGACUUCCCUCUACCAAUCAUUGAGCUCAUGGUUGAUGCUACAACUGGGCAUGAAGCUAUGUCAUUUAUGGAUGUUGGGGUUACCUCUGGAAAGUUUCUUGUCUUCAUUGUGCGUCACCGAGGAAUUGAAGUUGAUCCUGCAAAGAUUGAUGCCAUUCGAAAAAUGCCUGAUACAAAGAACUUGAGAGACCUCCGCAGUCUACAAGGAAAUUAG